AUGUACACUUCCCUCCGGUGUGAGUUGAAGGAGCGCGGGCUGGGAGUCGCGGAAUGGCCGGAGGCCCUCGGGGCGAGUCUCUCCUACUCGGUGAACGAGGACGACAUCUCGCACUACGUGUCCGUGGUGACGGACUUCCCCGGGCGCAAACCAGGACUCGUCGAAGUGGACACCGUCGCCGAAGACGAUGAAGACCCCGAAGCUUCCGAGGACGCUCGUGGCCCGGUGCCGGACGGCAAGCGAGUGAUCUGCUCGGUGGGCGGGGUGGAGGCCGUCUCCGCCGGGUACAUCGAGAACUUGCCCGCCGACUUGUUGAUCGACUCGGGCGCAGUGGCUAGGUUGGUGGACUCGCGUGUGCUGGCAAGGCUCGGCCUCUCGAAGGCGUCGCUCCGCCCGUACCACGGGGGUCUCAACGGUGUUUCGGGGAACAAGCUCCGCAUCAUAGGCGAGAUCGACUUGCCGCUCCGACUGGGAUCGUUGGAGAACUUGCGCGGGUUCGUGGCGUUCCGCGCCGUCAUCGACCUAGACGAAAACAUAAUGACUUUGAAGGAGUCCGGCGAGACGUUCCCGCCGGGCUCUCCCAGAGUCGAAGAGGUGUAUGUGUCGCGGAUUGCCUCGUCAGUACGACUGUGCCCGGGUGGUCAGGCCCUGGUGGUGUCGGACCUCGCCGGAGAGGCGCCGGAAGGAGCGAACGUGCUGAUCGAAGGCGUACCGGGGCUAGACUCGAAGGCGAAGGUCGCCAGGACGCUCUGCUCGGUCAACGGUGGCAAGACGCUC